AUGGAUCCAUAUCAGAACCAAGGCUAUGGAGAUAACCAGGGCUGGACUGGUGGUGCAUGGAACCCUGCCCAGCAUGGGUACAAUCCAAACAACAACUGGCCACCACAACAACCUCUGCAACCUCCUCAACAACCACUCCUACCUCCUCCUCAGUACAAUAUGCAGGUGUCUUCUGCUAUUUUCUGCUGCGGUAACUGCCAGCGCGUUGCUGCCCCACCCGUACCGGGCGUUCAUGCAUAUACCACGCGUUUAGCCUUUUUUGUGGCUCACAUCCUGCAUCCUACGGUAGCAUCGUAUAACCAGGUGCCUAACCACAACCAGCACCCCAACAGCUUUGCUACUGAUAUACCACUAUCUCAAGCAAUUCCCUCUGGAGGACAUGCUAGUCAUGAUCAAGGUACCAAUGUCCAGCAAAUUGCACAGCAAGUGGUUCAGCAAGAAGGUGGUCAGCAACAGCAUGUUCUCAUGCAACAAGCCCCAACCGGACCUGCUGCGGGUGCUAGUACUCAUUACACUGCUGGUACUGGUAGCAAUCAUCAACCUGGCUUCAAUCAACAAGGAAGUUACCAAGCUGGUGGUGGUUAUGGUCAAAACAAUGCUGCACAACAACAUCCUGGCUCAAAUGGUCCACCUAGCAACACCUCUCAAGCUAUCAUUGGACCCAUUAUGCACGCUGGCUCGUCUUAUAGCAUUGAUCCAAACACUGCCAUCCCUCUUCCACGCUUUCUUCGACCCAACUUUCAGCUGAAUAUCAAGUUUCGCCUUGAACGCUUCCGUGUAGAUCCUCCGCAACAGCCUUUCCAGUAUGGAAUGACAAACCCUCAAGGUUGUGCUCCCCACCAGCGUCCAUCGUACAUGAAUCCUUACCAUAACACUGCUGUCUCUCCCUCUACCAAUGGUCCUAAACCCAGAGACAAUAUGGAGUUAAUAUGGUACUAUUGGCCAGUUCAACUCGAGGUUCCUCUCUGGGCUAGGGGCCAAAACGCUCUGACUUCUGCACCAGCUAUUGGCGCUCAGCUCAUUCGAGAGGGUAUGCAGAUCAUUAACGGAGAGCGUUGGGGCUUCAUUCAGCACCAAGAGAAUCCUGAGGGUUUAUGGCACAAGCGCCGCUCAUACAAGAUUCUCGAGUGUCCUGUUCACGGGAUGCACUGGAAGGUCACUGUCUUCGUUCGUCGUGGUUAUUAG